AUGUUGCUAUUCGAAGAGAUUCGCUCACAGUGGGAAGCAGCCCAUAUCUCGCACGACGAAGAACAACCGAGAAUGGUCGGGCGCAAAGAGAAGCCGGCGCCUCACCACGCGCUCUAUGGCGACGAGACAACCAACGCGAGCAAGUUCCGACGAAAACUCAACCAGGGCUUGUCUCUCAUAUCUCUCUCGCAGCGCAGGACUACGCCAGUGCGUCCGCUGCUUCCCUCAAAUGAUCUAAAUAGCGCCAUCGAAGUUCCGCACCCACACGAAUCGACGAGGCUCUUGUCCCCAAUGCGCUACCCGUCUUCUUACGGCGUCGCGAUACGCAAAGUGACGCCAGGAAAAAUGGUGAGCUCGCAGAGGAACUUAGACGCCGAGGCCACACGUAAGCAAAUUCCGCGCUCGCGCACCAUGGGCUUCAUCACACGCCCAAGUCAAAACAAUCUCGAGUCGUUCGUACUUGGAAUCGAUUCGGUACCCACACCCGGUCCUCCUUUCACGCUCGAAGAGGAAGCUCGCGUCACUCCCACAAAGAUCCCGUCGCCCGACUCUUCUACUCCAGAGCACACGAACUCAAGCCCCCGUCAGUAUCACUCCACCCCUACAACCCAGCAAGCGAAGCACGUAGCGGCCGGAGAUGCCUUUGCUGCAGCGAAAAAGCCAUCGCCGGUGAGAUCUUACACAACACCAAACCUGGUAAAAACAGCACAUCCGCGCGGCCCGAACGGUUUCGUCUCUCCACGAAAAUUACACCAGCACAAGCUGUCCGGAAUCCCAGGACCCCAGCGGCCGAAGUUGAAAGAGAAUUCGACGCCAGUUACACAUCGGCAUGUCAAGCGAUUGUCCAACAUCCUGGAACACUCACCGAAGUCACCAGGACGAGAGGGUCUGAUGGCUCCGACGGUAUCCUCGAGAGGACAUUCGACCGGGCCAGUAGCUUGUACCACGCCGCCAGCAUCAAGCAAACGCAAGAAUUCGCAAAACGUGAUCCCAACGCCUUUUACAGCCCAGCGAGCUCUGCCUAAGAAGCGAAGCCCCUUUCGUCCCAUAGAUGCGCUGCCUGUUCCAAAUGAAGGUGCAGUUACGCAGACUCGCCUGCUUGGACCUGUUAGUCCGCGCACCUUGAAGAAGGAUGAUCAUGCGGCGGCGCGAUUACCCUUGCCACGAGCGAACACCGAGAAAAACUUCAGUAAACGGACGUUUCCUACGCCGAAGAAGCGGAUCGGUGGUGGUAUGCUGGCGCGCUCUCAGGCUGUGGUGAACAAUGAGGUGAGAUUUCCUCGUUCCUCCACUUAUCACCACUUUCUGGGUGUAGAGGAUGUUCCACCUGUGCCUCCAAUACCAGAGCAGUACAAGAGCACAUCUAUGCCUAUGCUUGUUUUGGCAGGGAAGCCAAUGGAAAAGACAAUUGCAUAUCCGGACGAGACGAACGUACAAGAACAAGGGUCCGGAGAGAUGAUAUCUCCUUCUAGCGAUAGCCCAGUUACUGCGCUCCCUCUGAUUGCUAGCCUUAGCGACAGACAAGAAGCCAUUAUCAUGAAAGAAGCCCAGGGAAGCAAGAAGUCUCUGCUGGCGGAAAAGAAUCCGAAAUUGAGCAUUCAGAUCCCAGCAUCCGGACGUUCAUUCAGCGCUUCACUGCUUUCCUCGGCCAAGUCUAGUCGCCUGUGGUCUGCGAAGGACCCGCAAGUUCUGGAUGUUGCUGACAUUGGUGUUUCUCCAAAGGUGAAAGAUUACAUGCCAGCAUUGUACUGGGCCGGCCGUUUUCAAGCGCGUUACGACCAAUGGCGCACCGAGGCGAUACAAGUCGAACUUGACCGUGAAUACCAUAUGGACGGACCACUCGCGCAUUGCAACGUUCACCAGGAGAAGGCAGCUGCAUGCCACAUUUUUCUUCAACUUCGAGAUUUGUGUCUCUCAAAUCAGGCAGCAGACAGCCUCUGGGAAUUCGAACACAAGUACCGUCAUGACCACAAUUUACUGGGCACCUCUUGUGACUUGCCCCCGCUGAACCCUAAACCAGACGAUGGAAAACAAGGAUCGUUGGGUCGCGCUAUACGAAAGAUGACGCCGCGGAAGAGUAGCUUUGUCAACCUGUUGAAAGGAAAGGGAUGGAAUACGGACGAGGUGAGGUCAACGUGCGGAUCGAUCGACUGUGACUCCACGGUCACCAAGGUCUUUGAGUCAUCCAAAGAGAGCCAUUUAGGAUGA